AUGGCCGAACAACUCACUCGUGGUCUAUGCCUGCGCCUUCAGCACGCUCAGACUGAUGAUCAAGAGAUUUAUCUGAGCUGCCCUACUGUCCAAUUUCUGUCCAUCAAGAAGAUUAGUCCAACUGGCCCGCCUGGGGCGAACGCGCCUGACCGGUACCGCAUUAUCAUGUCCGACGGAGAACACUUCGUACAAGCCAUGCUAGCCACACAACUCAACCAUCUUAUUGAGGAUGAAACUAUUGGCAAGCACAGCAUUGUCGUUCUCGAUCGAUUUACCGCGAACGUCGUCCAGGAGAGGCGACUUAUCAUUAUUCUGGAUCUGACUCCAGUCCUGAAGAUUGCCGAGAAGAUCGGAGAUCCCUCUGCCAUAACAUUGAGCGAUCAGCCCACGACAGACGGUGAUGUCCCGAUGGCUGAGACCGCCCCUACCCCUGCCCCCGCGCGUGCGUCAGCGCCGUCCGUUUCCAACACGGUCCCACCGAGAUCCGCUCCUCAACGCUCGACGCCCGGUAACAAGAGUGGUGGCCGUCAAUCAGCGAUCCUCCCUAUCGAAGGGCUUUCGCCGUACCAGAACAACUGGACGAUCAAAGCCAGGGUCACUCAGAAGUCUGACAUCCGGACUUGGUCAAACCAGCGUGGAGAAGGCAAGUUGUUCAAUGUCACGCUUAUGGACGAAAGCGGCGAGAUCAGAGGGACGGGCUUCAACGACGUCGUAGACGCGCUCUACGAAAAGUUCCAGGAGGGCAAGGUGUAUUUCAUUAGUCGGGCGCGGGUCAACCUGGCUAAGAAGAAGUUCUCAAACCUCGCCAAUGACUAUGAACUGAGCUUCGAGCGUAACACUGAAGUCGAAGAGUGCCUCGAUCCUUCCGGAGUUCCUGCAGUGAAGUACGAAUUCACACCGUUGGCCGAACUGGAACAGAAGGAGAAAGACUCAACGUGUGACGUGCUUGGGGUGGUCAAGGAAGACGGCGGCGUUGCCACAAUUGUUUCCAAGACGACCCACAAGGAGCUCUUGAAACGCGAACUAACUUUGGUCGAUAGCUCUGGCUACUCUGUUCGAUUGACGCUGUGGGGCAAGCAAGCCGAAGCCUGGAACCAUACCGACAACCCUGUCGUCGCCUUCAAGGGCGUUAGAGUCGGUGAUUUCGGAGGUCGCUCCCUGUCGAUGGUUUCGUCCAGUACCAUGCAGAUCGAACCCGACAUCCCUGAGGUUCACCACCUCCGUGGCUGGUACGACGGCGUGGGCAACAGUCAAUCCUUCCAGUCCCAUAGCUUCUUGUCGGGCGGAGCCGGCGGUGCGGGUAUGGGUGGCACCUUCAACCGAGCCGAGGUGAAAACCUUGGGCGAAAUUCGGGACCUUCAAUUGGGCUCGUCGGACCGGCCUGACAACUUCUUCGCUCAAGCGACAGUCAUGCACGUCCGCGGGGAGAACAUAGCUUAUCCCGCGUGCCCGAAGGAAGGGUGCAACAAGAAGGUCGUGCAGAUCCCCGACGGCAGAUGGCGCUGCGAAAAGUGCGACGAGUCUUACGAUGCGCCCGAGUACCGAUACAUUGUGUCCAUGGCUGUGGCCGAUCAUACAGGGCAAGCUUGGUUCCAAGGUUUCAACGAUGUCGGGCUCGCGGUAUUUAACAACAUGAGCGCCACCGAGCUAGUUCAGAUCAAGGAACGGGACGAAGCAAAGUUUAAUGGUAUCCUGCACAAGGCCGGUUGCCAAACGUUCAAUUUCUCAUGCCGCGCGAAGCAAGACACAUUCGGCGACUCGACACGUGUGCGAUACGGGAUUUCGAGGAUAACGCCCUUAGACUAUGCUGCGGAUGCAGCGUACUUGCGCGACCUGCUCAAGACCCCUUGGGCCCAUGGCCAGUAGCUGUACAGUUCUUGGUCAUCUUACGUGUGCUCCCUGUCUCUGUAUCAUAUUGAACAAUCAUCGGGUGUUGCAAUC